AUGCGACACCCGACUCCAGGGAAGAAGGUCGUGCGCCUGGAGUAUGAGGGCUACGUGCCGAUGGCGGAGCUCGAGCUCAAGAAAAUCUGCGCUCAGGUGCGAGACAGGUGGGACAUCCUGAAGAUCGCCCUGGUGCACCGCCUCGGGGUGACGGAGGUCGGGGAGGCGAGCGUGAUCAUCGCAGUGUCGUCGGUGCACAGGAAGGACUCCCUGGAGGCCGUCGAGUUCGCGAUCAACACGCUCAAAGCCACCGUCCCGAUCUGGAAGCUGGAGGUAUACGAGGGCGACAGCAGGGUGUGGAAGGAAAACGCGGAGUGGGGGCCCACCUUCGCUUGACGUGCUACUCAAGCACUUAUUUUUUCCCUCGGUAUGCCAGGCGCUGUGUGUUCUGGUGUUUGUUCCCUGUCUAUUGCGCUUGCCUUUCCCCCCUUUAUUUUGUGUAGCUUAGACUAUACUUGCCGAUCAUGUAGUAGUGUAAACUGUACGUGCUGCAUUCCAAGCACCUCGGACGCUUGUGUGCAACACGGGGAACUUUUUCGAGUUUUGGAUGCGAUUCGGCUUGCGUUUUCGAUUCGAUCUUGUUCCCUUCUCUGUUUUGCGCCCCGUUCCUCCCGUGUUCAGCAUUGCCGCAUGCUUCGCGAGCCUUAAUUUUUUUUUUUUUUCUUCGGCCGGUGCCGACAACGAGAGGACGAAAUGUUUUUUGUUAUUUUUUUCGUUUUUUUUUUUUUUUGCCUAGUAAUAUCCUUUCGUGCUGUCAUGUUACCAAAAAAUGUAAUUUUGUUUUCGUUAUGUCCUACUUUUUGUUUCUCUUGUUUUCUGUACGAUGAGGUCGAGGAAAAGCCACAUCGCGUGUUCUAUUGUGUGAUUCCGCCCCCGUGCCCAUCAUUACCGCGGGGGCGGGCUCUCGAUUUCCUUGGGUCAUGCAGAUAGAACCAGACGAACACAUGUAGAUCAUACUAGUCGCGUAGCACUGAGGAGAGCGCCUAACUUGUGCCCGACGAUUGGUUAGCGCCCCGCUGGUCGAUCGAGAAAAAGCUAGGAGGGAGAAAGAGGCCGGCUUUAGACGGGAGACGCGGAGGUGCCGAGAGCAAGGCGGGGGGGGGGCAUUGCGCAUGGCUGUUUUGCCGAGCUCGACCUGCUAGAGGGUGCUUUAGAUGCGGCGUGCGCAUUUUUUUUUUUUUUUUGUCAUGCGGGUGACAUUUUUCGUGUAUAUUUCUGGGGCAAGAGGUGGGCUGAACGUUUAUUCCCGUCGGAGGGAAGGAGGUGAUUGGUGUCACUUGUUUUUAUGUCAGUGGAUGGAUGUGCGCACAGACCAGCGGGCGAAGUGUAGGAUGAGCCUGGUAGGGCGAAGGUCCCAAAGAAAGGAUGUCGCAUAGAAAAGCAAAAGGGUCGUUGGUCGUUGGUAUGCACCCGUUGUUUUU